AUGCGCUGCAGUACACAUGAAAAGGUGGUCUGUGCCACCUACCAGCUCGAGGGAGAAGCAGAUCUAUGGUGGGAAUCCGUGCGACGCACCCUCACCAAUGAGGCAUUUGAGGCCAUGACAUGGGAUGAGUUCAAAGAAGCGUACCUCACAAAGUAUAUCCCACUGAGCUUUCGACACAAAAGGGAGAACGAAUUUUGGAAUCUGCGUCAAGGAAAUCGCUCCGUUGAGGAGUAUGAUCGUGCGUUCAAUCAGCUAGCGCGUUAUGCACCAGCCCACGUUGACACAGAUGCCAAAAGGGCAGAACGGUUUAGACAAGGGUUACGCCCUGAGAUAGGUGUGCCCCUGUCCACACACGAUACGCUCACUUAUGCCCAGGCCUUGAGUAAGGCUUUGAACGCAGAAGCUCAGCUCCCUAAGGAAGAGAGAAGGCAAGAGAAAAGGAAGUGGGAAGGGCCUCAGGGCCAGUCCUCAAAUCAGGAUUCGAAGGGAAAGAAACCUUGGGCUGGAUCCAACCAACCAAACUACCAGAAGCCCCAAGUACCUAGGCCAACUUGCUCGAAGUGCAAGAAAGAACACUUUGGGGAAUGCAGGCAAGGGAUGACAGGCUGUUAUGAGUGUGGCGAGAUUGGACACAUCAAGAAAUAUUGUCCAAGGAACAACAGAGCUCCAAUGGCCCAACCAAACCAAAGAGGUCCCCAACAGCCUAACCAGAACAAGGGAGGUCCACAACGACCCAACCAAAACACUAGAGGGAACCCAAAGGGCAACGGGGGCCCAAGGGCACCGCAAGCACCAAGGGCCUACGCUAUGGACCAGCAAGAGGCAGCCGGAACCCAGGGGAACUUAGCAGGUAUGAUCACCAUAGCCGGAGAAAGCAUUUUGGCAUUAUUUGAUACUGGUGCCUUGCAUUCUUUUAUUUCCAAUGUUGUGUGUGAUGCACUAGAUAUUGUGCCUACUAGGGCAGAUAAAGAACUAGAGGUACUCACCCCUUCAGGGAAAACGAUGAGAACAAGGGAAGUUAGCUUGAAUUUAGAAUUAAACCUAGAAGGACAUAAGUUCCUCGCUAGUCCUAAGGUACUCUUUACGAUCGACUUCGACCUUAUCCUGGGAAUGGAUUGGCUGUCAGCCAACAGGGCAACGAUAAAUUGUCAAGAUAGGGAGGUCAUCUUCUCACCACCAGGAAAAGAGCAGAUCACCUACCAUGGAGCCAUGGUAGGGUCCAGCAAAAAGAUAACGGUUAUCACUGCAAUGAAAGCCGUCAAGUUACUACACAAAGGAAAAUGUCAAGCUUUCCUAGUGUGCAUCACUAAGAAAGGGAAUAACGGGGUAAACCUGGAAGACGUUCCAAUAGUACGUGAAUACCCAGAUGUAUUUCCGGAAGAGCUACCGGGUCUACCGCCAACUCGUCAACUUGAGUUCACAAUAGACUUAGAACCCGGCGCCGCACCUAUUUCAAAAGCACCAUACCGUAUGGCGCCCAAAGAGCUGCAAGAACUGAAAAUCCAACUGCAGGAGCUUCUACAGCUUGGGUUUAUCCGCCCAUGUGUAUCACCAUGGGGAGCACCAAUUCUGUUCGUGAAGAAGAAGGAUGGAUCGCUCAGAAUGUGCAUUGAUUACAGAGAGCUCAACAAGCUCACCAUCAAGAAUCGCUACCCUCUACCUAGGAUUGAUGACUUGUUCGAUCAACUGAAGGGAGCAUCGGUGUUCUCAAAAAUAGAUCUACGAUCAGGCUACCACCAGCUUAAGAUUCGUGAGGAUGACAUCUCGAAAACUGCAUUCCGAACAAGAUAUGGCCACUAUGAAUUUACAGUAAUGCCGUUCGGACUAACAAAUGCACCCGCAGUAUUCAUGGACCUCAUGAAUAGGAUAUUUCACCAGUACCUCGAUAGUUUCGUGCUAGUAUUCAUAGACGAUAUCUUAAUCUAUUCCGUGGAUUCUGAUCAUCAUGCCCAACACCUUAGAAUAGUACUGGAAAUGCUACGGAAGGAGCGAUUGUAUGCCAAAUUCAGUAAAUGCGAAUUUUGGCUUAGGCAAGUGCAGUUUCUAGGUCACAUUGUGACAGCAGAAGGAAUCAAAGUGGACCCUGAGAAGGUCGAAGCUGUAAGCAACUGGAAUGUACCAACUUCAGUUACUGAAGUUAGAAGCUUCUUGGGGAUGGCAGGCUACUACCGAUGA